GUCACUAAUACCAUUUUUAAAAUGGGUUUUCUCAGAAUUUGAAGUUUUGAAUUUUGUGCUUCCGUCUUAUUAUCCUUUUUUCUCUAAAAAAAACUUCAAAAUCUCUCAAAUUCUGAUUUCGCUACCAAUUUCAGUUUCUUCGUUUUCCUUCGGCAAAUGGGUUGCUGUUUCAGCAAGAAGACUUCUCCAGCUUCUUCUUCUACCGAUGGAAGAUCUUGUUCUGCAAAGUCACCAGAUCCGAGCAAAUCCGCCAUUGAUAAAUCCCUGAAACUCGAGACUGGAGCUCAAGAGAAGCUCGAAUUAGAAGAAUCGAAACCAAGGGAUGAAGUCAAACAAGAAGCAGAGCUACAAGAGAAUGGCAAAACGAGGAAAGAGGUGUUCGUGAUAAAACACCGGAGGAGCCAUGAGAGAUCCAAGACGACAGAUCCGGAGGAUUCCACGGUUUCCGAUGAGAAAUCAACCGGUUCGAAUCAAAAUCCGGUGGAUGUGGAUGCAAUACUGAUUCAGUGCGGGAGGCUGAGCCGGAGCAACUCCGCCGCCGCGAAAACGAGGAGGUAUUCUGGAUCUAAGAGGAGCUUUGAUUUUGAUCAGAACGAGAGGAGUCGCGACGGUGACGCGGAGGAGGCGGAUGCGGAAGACGGCGGAGAAGAAGAAGAAGCCGAGCGGCGUAUUCAUCGGCAGCGUCAACGUGGUGGAGAUUCGCCUCGGGAGCGGAGGAGACGAACGCCGAGCAGAGAGAGAGGGGAUUCCAAGAAUAAUCGAUCGGGAAGUAGAGAGAGAGGAAGUGGGAGUAGAAGAGUAAGCAGAUCUCCGGGAAGAAGAUCGGAAACAAACCCUAACUCCUGCGCCGGCAGUGGCAGUUCUGUGAAUUCGAGUAACAAUAGGCCAGCGAAAUUUGUCUCGGUUCCUGCAACGGUGGACAAGAGCAACAGUGGAGAGCCAUCUAUCAAACGGAUUACAGUGAAGAGAAACGUCGGAAAAGCGGCGUCUCCUAGGUCACAGUCUCCGGCAAGAGCGGCGUCUCCGAGGUCACAGUCACCUGCAAGAGCGGCGGCUAACACCAGUAGCUAUGCUCAGCCUUCGCCGUCAAAGCUCAGCCGGAAAACGGAGCAUUCUCCGUACAGGAGGAACCCAUUGGGAGAGAUAAACCCAAACACAUUAGCGUAUCCACAACCUCAAGGGGAUAAUAAAUUGGGAUCUGGUAACAACAAGAGGAUGAUGAACACAGAAAAUGAAAGUCAAGGAUUGAUUAAAGAAUCUACAAAUCUCGUGGGUCAGAAGAUGAAUCAUGGAACGAAUACUAAAACCGCUACUCAGCUUCAAAUCCGCAGAAGCGCAAGUCCGAGUCGUGUGAACAAAGAGGCAGUGGAAGAGUGUAAGAUAAUGUUUUCGUCAUCUGGAACUGAAGUACCUAAGCCUCAAAUCGUGAGCAGGAGCAGAUCAUUGAGGAAGUCCCGUGAUUUCGAUUUCAGUCCCGAAGCAUUGCUCUCAAACAACAUCGACAACAACAACAACAAUGCGGUAGUACCAUCUUACACAGCUUUGCUUCUAGAAGACAUUCAGAAUUUCCACCAGAAGAGUACCAUAAGUUCCAAGGUUUGCUCCAUCGUUGAAGAUCUUAACUCCAGUACGAAACAACAGCAAAGAACCGAGUUUAACAGUCUCAAAUUCGCAGCGGUGAAGAAAGCGGAUCUAAUGGAGCCAAGCUUUGAGAAGUAUGUGACUGUUAAGAGAGGCGGUUCUUCGUUGGAGGACAUGGAAGAGCAAGAAUCUUCAGGAAGCAACAGUAUCACGGGAAGUAGCUGUGUGGUGCAGCGGCAUGGGUACAACUCAUCGUCUUCUUCAUGGGAGCCAAAUUCAGCUGAAUCGACUGAUCGAGUUACUGUGAGAUCAAAGAAACAAGAACGUGAUCGGAGUCCACUUGGUGUGAUAAAUACUGAGAAACAAGUGUUUGAUCCGUUAAAGAAGAAUGGUGUUGGAGCUGGACGUAAUAGAGUGGCUCUUGUUGAUUCUUCGUCUUCUUCAGCCAAACAGACAACAACAACUCGUGUUGCUGCAGUUUCAAUGUAAUAAAGUUUAUUCCUUUGUUUACUGUACUUUUCAAAUGUUGCAGAUAAGCAAACUGAUGUUUGGUUUCUUUUGUAAUCAUUUGAUCAUUUCAAAUCAAUAUCGUUUAAAAUUUCAGACUAA